AACUAUGACAAUGAAAAUCUACAUUUUUACAAUUUUUGCAAUUUUGCUUUCUAUAAUAGAAAGCCAUGCAAAUCCUUUUAGUGAAAGAAUACAAUCGGGUUUAGAAAGUUUCCAAAAUUCUGCAAAAAGCUUGACUGAUGGUCAAGAAUUACAAAAACAUGUAGAUACAUUUAAAAAUAGUAUGCAAAAUGCUGGACAAGACUUUACAAACCAAAUUCAAAGUCAUAAAGAUAAAUUGUCUGAAGGUGCAAAUAAUUUGAGAACACAGGCGAAUGAGGUGUCUCAAAAAGUGUCAGGAAAAACCAAAGAACUUGUCAAUAGUUUUAAGAGCAAAAUGUCUGUAAUCAUAGACAAUGUUAAUGAAAAAUUCAGCAAAAUGAAGGAACGUGUCCAAAAUUAUAUUAAAAAUGCUGAAAAUAAACUGAAAGAAUUAUUCCAACAAUUUUCUUCACAAUUAAGAAGAACUUCUGAACGAACUGAAAAUAGUGAAAAUUCUGCAAAUGAGGUAUUAAAAAAUGAUAGUGCUGAAGAUAUAGAAAAUUUAAAGAAAAAUUUAGAAAAACAAUUAGAAGAACACAAAAACCCAAAUGGUAAAUGA